AUGCAGAUAUGUGAUAAUUUCUACUUAUCUUCUCUUGUGAUUCCUCCCGAAAAAGGAGAUGCAUCCGUAAAAGAGGUUAAUCGACUACACGUCCUUAACCCAUCCUUCUUAUUUCUAUCCAUUUUCCCUCUUCAUUUUCCCGACAGAGUACCGCUCCCUUCAACUACCCCAUAUUAUCACUCAAACCCAUCUACAACAUUUUUCAUGAUUCCUACAACGACUUUCGUUUCUUGUUACUUUCUAAUUUUGUUAGUCUAUUUUGCAUCAGCACAAGCUCCAACCUGCCCAAAUGGCCAACUACCAAAGUUAGAUUCAUCGUUAAGACCUCUACAAUGUUUGCCAGGCACUUCACAACACUUAAUUUGUGGUGCUAAUCAUAACUGUUUCUUUACCGGAUUGAAUUAUAUGUGCUGCCCGUCAAAUGAGCCAUCCAUAGAUAAUCAACCGAGUUGUCCAUACCCAAAGCUAACAGUUUUGGAUCCACAUGGUUUGCCAAUGAAAUGUAGUCAGAUAGCCAGAAGUUGCCCGGGGGAGAACAUGCACUGUGCCGAUGUUGGACUUGGAUAUAUCUGUUGCGAAGACCCGUCUUUCCAAAGAAAGCAUGCACCACCACCAACAACAACGAAAAGCCCCAGAGGGUACCGUGUUAAAGCCACAACUCCGCUACCUGAAGAGGAACUCGAAUGCCCAAAACAAUCAAUUGGGCUUUUGAGUAGUAACGGUUCUAGAGUCAUUUGUAAUUCUAGAAACCCUUGUCCAGGAACUGAUACAUUCUGUUUCGGAGAGUACAAAAGAUCAAUUUGCUGUCAGAAAUAUCUAUACGCUUCUGACAUUCUUGACGAUCCGGCAACCACUACGACACAACAACCAAAACGUGGAUUUCAAAGUAUUUCAAUGUCAAUGAGACAGCCGUUACCUGGAAAAAUUCACGACGGUCAAUACUUGAAACCAACCACGACAUCUUCUUCAACAACCACUACUACAACCACAACAGCGCCUCCUCCAAUUGUUGAUCAAGAGUUCCCACAGAUAGCUAUCAAUAGUGUUGGUGUGAGAAGGAAAGGUCCGAUUAGACCAGCUCAACGUGUUAAACCAUCCGAAGUAGGUGGAAACGCAAUGGUUACAAGAACUUGGAUACCGAGACAAUCCUUCACUUUCCCAACUGUUCCAACAACUACGCAGACUCCAACAACACGACCAGUUCCAUCAGCCGUUGCUCGUCGAAACCGACUGAAUGGAGUUCAAAGUUUUACUGGAAGCACGGAAUUCAAGCCAUCAACUUUAAACCUCGAGAAAAAUCAGCAAAACGAUCCGAAUCGUCAUGCAUUGGCACAAAAACUGCUCUCGUAUCAAAUUAGAAAUGGGUGGCCGUAUGACGAGCGCUUCUACAGACCAGAUGUGGAUGUUUACACCGAGGAGCAAAAGUCAGAAAUUGCUCGAAUGCGUUUCCUACCGCAGUAACUAUCACCUGACUGGUCUUUUUAAUAAAUCGAAUAAUACUCAACAUCACGUGUUUUUAUUUAAAUAAAUACCUCAGUUUAUUAUUUUUGUUUUGAAUUUUCUUAGAUUUUCAUCUUGAAAUUCUCGUUACAUUUGGCAAAAGCAUUAUGGAACUAAAUCUGGUUACGAUUAAAAUCUUAUACUUACUGAGAUAAAAAUUUAUUUGCUGCUUAGUGUUCUAUAGUUUAGUUUCAAAUUUAUUUUUCCUUAGAAUAAACUAUUUUAAU